UCGAGCAGUCGAGCUCCCCCAGUUUUCCCCGCACGCAGCGGCGCUCGAGCUACCUACCUGCGGCGUACGACGCCUGGCGCAGCCAUUGCCCGGUGCACUGCUUGUGGUUAGCUCGUGACAUGCUGGUCAACUCCUCCUCGUCGUCGCCCCCGCCAGGGGAGCAGCAUGCAAGGUCGCCGUCGGGGCAGAGGAGGUACAAGGGCGUGCGGCGGCGCAAGUGGGGCAGGUGGGUGUCGGAGAUCCGGCUGCCCAACAGCCGCGAGCGGAUAUGGCUUGGAUCCUACGACACGCCGGAGAAGGCGGCGCGCGCAUUCGACGCUGCGUUCGUCUGCCUCCGCGGCCCGGGCGCAGCGGACGGGCUAAACUUCCCGGACUCGCCGCCCGCCGUCGGCCGGACCAGCGAUGUGCAGGAGGUGUACGCAGCUGCGGUGUCGCACGCCAACCGCGCUGCCACGGCUCCGCGGAAGGAGGCAACCAAUCCCACGCCAGUGCAUGACGACGUGCCAAUGGAAAGUUUGGCUGUGGCGACGAUGCCGACCCGGCUGGAGGUGGAGACGUUCGACUGGUCCCAGCUGAUGGCCAACCCGCCGCCGCUCUUCUCGCCAACCGUGGUGGCGAGCCAUGCCCACCUGCCGGUAUCGCCAACGGGCGUCGACGUGGAGGAGGACGAGAGCGGUGCAUACCCUGGCCUUUGGAGUUUUGAUUCUGAUGGCUCGUGCUCUCGUCACUAGUGGCUGAUCAGUUGACAACGAAACCGAAAAGAGCUCAAUUGCUUCCCCUCGAAGGGAAUCGCGAAGGGAAAGAAUAGAAAAUCCCGUCCAGAAGGGAAUAACCCUGGGAAUCCCGUUGUGACGGAAACCGUGAAAGGAAACCGUUGGAGUGCUGAAGAGAAAAAAAUCCCGUCGUGAAAGAAUUUUAGUCCCUGAAAGAAAACCGUUGGAGAUGAUCUAACAUCCACCGGUCGCGACAACGAGUCACCUACCUAGUAGGCUAGCACUACUACCUAGCUAGUGACAUUUUCUGGACCUUCGCACGGCACCCUACAGGCAGAGACACAUGUGUGUGUUCUCUCAUGAUUUUGACGCCAGUCAAGUGGCCAGCCAUCGCAUGCAUGCCGCAUACUUGUAGUUCGUUUUAUCAUGCAUGCACGAAUGAAUUUCCAACAUGUCCAUUUUAAUGCUAGUUUCUUUUUCGAAA